CUACGUCCGAGCCCAGACUGUAGACUUCCAUUGUAAAAAGCCACCAAACCAGUUAAACAUCGCGUCAUAGUCAGUUAGAUGUAACCACCAUUUGGGCUACCGCACAGUUCUUCGUUACAACUCUCGAAGUCAAGUUGUUUUCAACACGUAGCAAAACAAGAUAACAUUUAAAUUUAGUGCGACUUAAUUAAUUUCAACGGAACUGCAUCGACCACAAAAGAUGUUGCACAAGUUUAUUGGAUUAUUUGCAUUUGUAGCACUUUGCAGUGCUCAAAAGAUUCCUGUGACCGUUUACUAUGAGUCGCUUUGUCCUGACAGUCAAGCAUUCAUUACUCAACAACUAUAUCCACAACUCAAGCAAGGGCUAGCCGAUCGUGUAGAAGUUAAAUGGAUUCCAUUUGGAAAAUCUAAAUUCGAAACGAGAGGAAGCGACGUUGAAUUUGAAUGUCAUCAUGGACCAAAUGAAUGUUAUGGCAACAAAGUUCAAUCAUGCGCCAUUCAACAUAUUCAAAGCAAUUCCUAUGAAAAUCAAUACACACGCGAAAGUCUCAUUUUAGAAUUCAUUAAUUGUUUGAUGAAAUCCGGCAAAAACUUCCCAGACAACAUUUAUCCAGGCGAAAGAUGUGCCCACGAAAACCAUAUCAACAAUUGGGAAGUUAUUGCUCAAUGCGCUAAUUCAACAGAGGGUAGCAACUUGUUGAAGCAAAAUGGUGAAUUGACGAAGGCUUUCCAACCAGAAUUGCAAAGUGUACCUACUGUUACUUUCAAUCAUCAAUUCGAUAAGGAAGUUCAAGCCAUGGCUUUGACCAAUUUCCGCUCGGUCAUCUGCACAUUCUUCAGUAUUCCCAAGCCACAACUCUGUGUUGCAAACGGAGGUGCCGGAACCACAGCUGCCGUGUCGUUAGUGUUGGGAGCUGCUUAUUCUGCCGCGCGAAUUCUUUAGAUGGUAAAGAAUUUUAAUCUUACCACGUUCAACCGUCCUUUUUUAAUUACAUUAGUUUAAUAUUAGUAUGAGAAACCUCAAAUUGGCUUGAUGCUGUUGAAAAUUUUCUUAUUGAUAAGGUUUUAUCCGCAGCUAAUACAGAACAUUUAAGUAAGUUUGUAAAUUUAAAGUAUUGGAGGACUUACAAGUAAGCAAGUAUUAAAGGAUACAUGCUAGGUUUAGAAAAAUGUUUGUUUUCUUUCAAGUCGUGGUUGGCUAGAACAAACCUAAAUAUACAAAUUUUGCAAGUAAGGCAUUAUGAACAUGUACUUUUCUGUAUAAAUUUUUCAGUUACAAAUAAAAAAACUU